AUGGGUUUUCUAAGGCAUGGUAGACGGGAUGUCGAGGUACAUCCUGAACAGAAGUGGGAUUUCAUUAGCCUUAAUGACUUCAAGUCCACGUCUUGUUUUACGCCGUUCGCCUACGGCUACCUCUGGUUCUCCCUGAUUAUCUCACUCGCUGUGUAUGCUGUUGACGUGUUCACUGCCUACCAACUUCUCGCCUUCAACAAAUGGUCCUCGCAGAUUGAGCCCGCUCAAUUUAUCCCCUUCGACAUCUCGAAAUGGAUCUUCACUGUCUGCAUUCUCCUUUCCUUCGCCAAUCUCGCCUAUGAGUACUUCCGUGCGGUAACCAUCAUGCGCCGAGGGAGCGUUGCCGAAUGCUUCCUGGACAGCUUAGCUGCGCGUCUGGAGAGUAUCCGGAUGGGACAAGGCCGAGGUUGGAAGAGAUUCCUGGUCUUCGCCGAGCUCACCAAGAGUAAAAAGGGGGCCGAAUACAUUGCCCUCUUUACCUUCUUCAGCUUUCAAUCUUGGAUCCGCACUAUUCUUUGCUCCGGGCCUCGCCAGGCCAUUAACGCAAUGACCCUCUACUCUGUCUACGACGCAAGGCUUCAGAUCAACCAGGCCAGCUUCGAAUCCUCUCUCGCCGAUUUCUUUGAUAAGAUCAGAGCUCUAGCGACCGAGGAGCCCCGCCAGGCCGUCAUCCUGUCUGGUAUGCUUUUCACCCUCGUUAUCUGGAUCUUCUCCUUCCUGUCGUUACUCCUCGCCGCCUUCUUUUUUGUCUUUUUCUUGUGGAGCUACAUCCCACGCGAAGAUGGUGGCUUGUCCGGUUUCUGCGAGCGCAAGGUCAACAAGCGCCUCAAGCAAAUCGUCUCCAUCAAAAUCAACAAGGCCAUGGCUGAGGAUGAGCGGAAACGGAAGAAAGCGGAGCUCAGGGCAGCGAAGAAGAACGGCGGAGACAGGCCGAUGACAAUGAAGCCGUCCCUACCGGUCCUUGGGGACGACGAUCUCGCGCAAAUGCCAUCCCUCAGCCGGGCGGAUACCUUUGCUUCCUUCGCAGAAAAGCCAUCUCACCCGAGCACUCCCGGGAGCUUCGAGAUGAACGCUCUCGGUCGAAAGCCGCCUAUGCCGUUGAGGUCGAACACCAAAGGGACGACGGCGAGCCAGUAUUCGGCUGAGACUUCACUUCUUGGCGGUGCCGCGGGGAUGGGUAUGGCCAGCUCGGAAUCAUCUACGCCCACUUUGCCGCCACUCGACCUCGGAGGCUAUCCGCCAGUACGUACCGCAACCUCCUCGUCUAACAGGAGCUAUGGGCCGCCGCAACCCCAGGGGAUGGCAAUGAAUGGUUCAUCUUUGCGCGGUUACACAGCCAGUCCUGCAACCUUUGCAUCGGAUCCCAUGCCAUCUCUUCCGCCUCCCGUCAUGUCACCAGUUGGGGCCUUCAACAACUAUAGGGGACCGGGUCCGAACCAGCCGAACCAGCCAAGGUUACCCUAUCCCGGGGAUAACAGACUGCCCCAGCGAGGGGACACAAGAUCACCUUUCCCUGAGGACAACGGGGUGCCUCAGCGUGGCGAUACCAGAUCUCCCUAUCCCGGUGACAACAGAUUACCCUUUCCUGGGGACAACAUGAUGAUGCCACAACGUGGUGAUACUAGGUCACCCCAUCCUGCCGACACCAGAUCGCCUUUCCCUGGGGACAACGGGCUGCCCCAACGCGGUGACACCAUAUCUCCCUAUCCAGAUGACAACAGGUCGCCCUUUGACGACCAAUUGAGCGGGCGUGCUAGCCCCGCCCCGUCGACAACUACAUACCGCAGCAACCCAAUGUCACCACGCGGGCCGGGCCCGGACGGUUACCCCAUCCGCAGCGCCACCAACCCAAUGCCCCCGCGAGGCGUGCCUCAGUUCCCACCCUCAAGAACCAUGACCCAGCCCAUGCAGCCUUUCCACCGGCCAACCAACAGCAACGGCUCGCAGAGGAGCAUGCAGAGCGCCGCCCCUCCGUACCAGCCGUACCAGCCGUAUCAUCAACCAACCGCCAGCAACAGUUCGUUGAGGAAUAUGGUCCACGCAGCAUCGUAUGAUGAACAAGACAACCGCAGCGAAUAUAGCGGGUUUUCUGGUCGGCCGAACCCCGCCCCAUUCAACAACCAGAGAGGGCCUCAGGGCGGGUAUGGCAAUAGCAACAACAACGGCGACGACGGGUGGAACCAAGAUCUGGAGAAGGGUGGGCCGAUAUAUUGA